CUCUCUCUCUCUCUCUCUCUCCCUCUCUCACACACCAUCCUAAACAUCUUAAAAUAUAUGCAUUUUGUUAUUAAUUUAUGCGAACCCCUCCAACCACAUAAUCAGCCACUUAACGGGAGAGGGGAAGGAGCAAUUUAAGUGUGAUUAGUUUGUCUUUUAUAUUGUUUUAUGUCCUCUCUAUUUUUUAAGUAGGGUUAUUGUAAAUUGGGAGAACAAAAAGGGUUUAUACACAGUAAAUGGCUGUUUGAUGGGUGUUUUGAUGCUCUAAUAACAAAAAUGUAAUUCAAAUUGGCAUACAGUUAAAGUGUUUUGUUGCCUUAAUAAAAAAUGAAAUGGGGGAAAAAGAACAAGUAUGUGUUGUAGAUAUAUGCAGAAAAUAAAGAUGACAUGUGAAGGAAAUAUGAUUGUAUUGCACUUUUUCUAACAAACUUUAGGCAUUCAUUUUUAUACAAUAUAUGAAAGAAGUAUGUGAAGUCAGUAACACAAUCUCAGCCUAGAUGACUUAACAUAUAGUUCCAGUUAUGCUUACUUCUAAAACGUUGCCUAAAAUAAGACUAAAAUUAAAACUAGAUCCACUGACUAAAUCCUGACUAAAACAAAACAAAACAAAACCAAAAAAAAGACUAAACUGUGACUUUAAACCAACUACAGUUUUCAAUAAGUGACUAAGUCUAAAAUUAAAUUAAUAAUUCUUGUCUCUUUAGCACUGGUUCACCAGUUUGUUGCAAACUUUGUCUGUCUGCAGUUUGUUGCUGGGCAGGUAGUGCACAGUAAGUUUUGGGGGCUUUUUGUUGAAAUCAGCUGCCUGCUGUGGCUGAAAACGACGCUAUGAGAGCAGUGAGACUGAACCAAAACAGUGAAGUUGUGGGCCUGAAAACCAAAACAAUGAGCUGAAAGACGCUAAAAUGAGAGUGGGCAUAGUUCUCUGUGGGCUCAUCAUUAUGAGCAGUACAUUACACAUAACCAUUUGAUCAUUUGUUUCACUGUGACUUUAAAAGUGAUGUCAGGCAUCAGGAAAAUACUAACAUUUAUCUCCUGGAGUAUGCAAUAUGAACAUCCCAUAUUAAGGCUCUUUCUCCAAACUUCUUUAUUAUCAAGUACAAACAGAAAACAAACAAGAGAGUUCAUUUCUGUUUGAAUAAAAGCAAACACCAUCACGUCAGUAUUUAUUACUUGCAGUUGGUGUUGAUUUGAAUAAUGAAUACCCUAUAGAACAUAUUUGUUGUUACACGUUAUAUGAUAUGUAUGUAUUGCAACUGCCACUGUAAUCAUCUGAAAGAUGAAUACAGACUCAUACUGUGCACUCUUCCAUCAUGUUAACUUAGCAAAUUAAAUAAAAUAAAGGGGGAUUUAAGAAAUUCAUUUUGCACCAAGGACCCUCGAGAGAGCCAUUUCUCUCUUGAAGAAUCACUAGAUUCAUUAUUGAUGCUCACCAGGAACUAUACUUAAAAACACUUUGGUGCUCAUUCAUCAUCUAAUUGCAAAAAAUAUCCAAUUAAAAAUAACAAGGGGAGGGGAGCGUGUUAAUAAACAAAAACAACUCAAACUUGUUGUAGUGACUUGAUUUCGACAAAACAAAGAAAACCUAAGCCACAGUGAGGGGCUGUUACCAAGAUAUGUAAUUGACGCAUUGUCAUGCGACGGCUCCAUGUAGUAAAUCAAACAUCUGCAGACUGACUUGUGCUUAAGAUGUAUUUGUUUACCUCCGUGUACCAAUACAGCCUUUGCUAUACACACACUUAAACCAAUAACUUGCAUGAAAACAAACAAAAAAAGGCUUAAAGAUUAGCCUCUAAACGGCGGUCAAAAAACUGUGUGCUUCUCCCGGUAAGCAGCACACCUGAGGAGUAAUUGCCUCUUCUUCUCCAUAUGCAUUUCCAUAUGCUGCUGUCCGAUACGCCACCUACUGUGGCAACCAGGGAAUGACCUUAACACACACAUAGAUACAAAUGGCUCUAACACUUGUUACCUGUCACCUUUGUAUCUUGUGUUCAGAACUUGCUAGUUCUAGUUGUCAUUUACAACAAGCUGUUUAACGCUGUCAUAUUGUGAUCUUGAAUACCCCUAUGCACAGAAAUGAGUACUCAUGAGAUUACCAUGGAAACAAGCACAAACCACACAGAUCAAAAUGAUGUUUGAGUAUAAAUUCCUCAGUCUUAUAGUUGCUGUCGUAGUAUCACAGCUGGUUUGAACUGUAUGGUGACCUGGACCUGCACAGAUGUCCCUGACCAAGACAUUGAAUCCCUCCAUUUACAGAUGUGUUUGUGUGGCUGACCCUGACCUCCAUUUAGCUUAGAAAAAAGUUAUUAUUGUCAUUAGUGGGAUUUCUUCCCAUCAGGAAAAAGAAUUUACUGGUUUUGUUAAUCCUCAGUCUAUUACUGGAAUGUUUGUGAAUGUUGUGACAGUUUCCUUGUAGGUAGGAUAAAUGGGAAAGGGACCUCUAAGGGACUCAAUCCCUUAGAGAGGCAAGGAUGCUGUCACAGUGAGGAAGCUUUUGAUUUGUAAAUGAGAUCAUUUCCAUGUCUAGUAUAUCAACAUGCAAAUAAUGGGUGUGUGUUUUUGGGGUGUUUGGCUCACAUGUCCCAUGUCUAAAACACAUGCAAAUAAUCUGAUGUGUUUUACAUACAUCAUGUAUUACAUGUGUUAUAAAAUGACAAGACCUUACACAGAAGGUAUCUGGUGUUGGAGGAAUGCAGAGACCAAUGACCUGCAAAGGAGUUUACUGUGAGUACGAAUCAUUUAAUUGUUAGAAAGCCAAUAUGAGAUCAAAUUACUAAAAACAUUAGAGGCAUUUAAGUAUGUUUUCAAUCUCAUGUUAUUUUUGCAGUCGUCUGUGUGAGAAGUUGAGUUUAAGUUUUCUAGUUAACAUUUCUUUUUCUGUUAUAGGUUUUCAUUUGAUCGUUUAUUUAUUUAUUGUGGAGGGGUUUUCCAUAUCUAAAUUGAAGGCCAAAGGAUGCAUGGUGUCAUAGUAGCAUGUUUUCUUUUUUGUUGUUUUUUGUUUUUACAUAAUUUUUAUUGUGUUUUUAAUAAGUGGUAGACAGCUAUUUAAGAGAGAUACAAUAAAACCUAAAAUUAUACACAAAACAGACACAGUUUUGUAAAUAAAAGAAUAGAUAAAAAUCACAAACAAAAGGUCUAAAUCAUCUGUUUUAUUCAAUUUGACCUUUGACAAAGUUUUAAAAAAUAGAUUCAGACAGUUUCAGAACAUGUGUAUCAAUGAUGCUGGUGCGGGCUCACAAUCCUUGAAUGAGUGAUCAAUACUUGGGAAUAUUUUGUUAAGCUCUUGUUUGGUCCAGUGUAAUCUAUCUAACACACCGUUUAGGACAUUUUCAGUUAUCUUAAAAAACAACCCUCCUCUAAUCACUAAAUGUAGUCUAAUGUGUGGACUUCUGUUUGGCUAACUAAUAUUAAACUUGUCAGCCAAAACACCCUUUCAACCACUUCUCCAUGAUGCAGAGAUCAGUCCAUCCUUCUAUCAUGCAGAAUAUUUCUGAUGAAACUGAGUUUUUUCUUUUUCUUAAACAUGCAGGAAUUGCAUUUUGACAGUGCCAGAAAGAAGAAAUGACACACACGUGCACACACUAUUUGGCCCUAGGGAGAGGCAGACAGAUAAGUUGAUGUGUAAUGGCUUAACCAGGCCCACAUCAUCAUUUACUAAGGACCCACAGGCUCCUUCAAACACCAGCAGUUAUCAUGUAGACUACACAAACAUGGACAAUGCAUUUCACUCCGGGUUAGCUCUACUUAAUUGCAUUUUAAUGUCAGCCAUCCAUCCAUUAUAUUGUUGCUUAUUCAAGUCACGCUUGCUUAGUAAGAUAACACUAAUUUUUAGGAAUAAAUGUCUUUAUGUAAUGACUGGUAAUGAGAAACAGAAUAGUGAACCUAUGUACCAAAUGCACAGAAAUGCUCAAUAUUUUUUUGUAACACCACUGUGACACAGCUGAGAAUUACAUAUUUGGGCUCAAAAGGAAUAGAAAUUUACGUCUCUAAAUACCCUGCCAAAGAAUGUAGACCUGAAAGACAAAGCUGCAUUGUUUUUAGAAAAUAGUAUUAAAAAAAAAUAGAAUUGGUGUAAAGGCUGCAUCGGUUACAUCUUUGAAAAUAGUGAAUGAUACAAACAAGUAAAUAUACUUUAACCUUAGAAAAAAUACAUAAAACUCUGGGAUUAGUUCAUUUAUAAUGUGCAGAGUCAAACAGUAUUUGCAUUGGGGGGGGGUGUAAUUUCUUAUAUACUUAUACAGUUAUUAAUACACAUUAAAUGUACCAAAACUAUGACACUGAAAUCCAUAAAAUGUUAACUGGGAACUUAAAGUUGACAAUUUUCAGACUGUGUUAUACUUCCAUUCUGCUUUUAAGCAACGAGACAUGAACUCUUUUCUAUUCAUUCACUUUUUGUUUAAUUUAGUACUUUUCACAGAAUUUAAGGUAACUUGUAUGACAGUUUGUAUUAUAACUCAACCCUCACAAUACACCUUUUUUUCAUCUGUACUGUGGUUCUGUCUAUCCUUGAGAAAUGGAUCAAAAUUCUCCUGAUAAGACUGCAUUUCGUUCUUUUUUUCCUUCUUUACUUCAAUAGCUGAGGAUACAAACGUAACAAGUUGUCAGCAGCUUCAGUACAUGGGCUGUCAGAAACAGCCCUCUGCCUCUCACUGCAAAUUCACAAAGUUGGGUCAUUUUUUGUGCUGCGGGGAUAUGCAGUGACCCCUCCAACCCGGACUUGUAUGUUGAGACUGAGGUCCUGUGUAGCUCAGGGGAUAGAGCAUAUCAGUAAUAUGAGUGAUAUAACCUAAAGACCAAAAACCACAGUGGGUGGAAUUAGUUUAUACACGUUGACAAAAUGAUUGCUGGUAAGAGACAGAGAUGAUUUUGUGUCAGUUCUCACCUUAUUUAUUAGAUAAACAGCCAGUGCAUUUGUCAAUUCUCUCCUAACUAACAAUUAGAUUUACAUUAAAAUGCAAUCUAUCCGGAUAUGUGAUCUGGAUAAGAGGAAAAAUGCAUGUUAAUGCAAGGUCUAAAUGCACUCAGAAUGCAAAACGCUUUCCUCACAAAAAAUAAUUUAGAAAUGAAUGAUGUUGAAUAUCAGUUUCCUUAACAUGGGACAAAACAUGUUUGAUACAUUAUCUAGAUAAUGUAUAUAGAUACAGCUCACAGGCUAUUGCCACAUGCGAAUGGGGCCUAAAACUCUGACUUAGUUUUGGCACCAAAGCUUUGGAUCGUCAGGCAAUCUAUCUGUUCAAAAGAAAAGGUUAUCCCAAAGCUAACAGCAUAUUGUAGCUCUGUCUUCUUCAUUCCUUCUUCCUCCAUAGUGCUCAUACAGUACAAAUGGCGCAGUAGGAGAUUUUAUCAGGACACAUGCAUUUACAAUAAUUGUUUUACAGGGUAUUUAUGUUUUAUGAUAAUGUGUAGAAGGACGGAUGAUGUGAAACAAAUGUCAGAAUGUUUCUGAUAGUAAGUAAUUUUUUUUUCAUAUUAAAGGUGUUUUCUUCCAGCUAUGGAUCCUUUCUGGCCCAGGUAAGAUCUAGCUGAUUCAUUCAUGUUCUCAUCACAUUGAGGCUUUUUUUUGCAAACAUUUCCUUCAAAUUCAAUUCAAAUGUACAGUUGAAAUGGCAUGAAAACUUAAUACACAAUAUCACUUCCCUGUUCUGCACAUACAUAUUUUGUUAGUAGAGCUGUUGUGAUUCCCUCUUUGACCAUUUAAAGGUCAGUUCACUCAAAUCUCAAGAACUGAAAAGAAAAAUAUCACGCCUUUCUCAAUUUCAAUAUAUUUUGCCUUUGGUAGAAAACAUUCUCCACAGAAAACUUUACAUUGUCUGUGGAUUAUCCUGAGUAACCGGAACAUUGUUUCAUUUAAUUUUUCAUUUCUGUGUACCAUAAACGGAAUUCUGUUUGCCUCCAUUGUACUGGGUGGCAGUAGAAGUAUCAGAGACGUGUUUCACAGAACCUCAGCACAUAAAACCAAAUUUUUGUGUUUUAUGUGAAAGUUGAAGUUACUAGUUACUCUAACCAUUUUCUGAUGUGCAGCCAACAUGCAAAUUCCUUAUGAGAACAUACAAAUAAACUGUUGAUUAUCACAAAAAUGACAAAAGUUGGAAAUGAAACAUUUGUGCAGGACAACAGUUAUUCAAGUUGUUUUUUGUUGUUGUUGUUUUUUUUGUCACCGCCAAGCUCAUCCUUUUACAAAUGUGGCGCCCAGUGGAACAGCAUCCCAGUCAUCCACACAUGAUAAUGCUGAUGCUUGGAAAGCAAUUGAUGGAAAUAGAAACCCAAACUAUCAUGAUGGAUCCUGUACCCAUACAGAAUUUGGACUGCCCCACUGGUGGCGUUUGCAACUGCCAGCUAUGUACAGGAUCUCAUCUAUUAGUAUCACCAACAGAGAUAUAGGAGCUGACAGGAUCAAUAAUGCUGAAAUCUUAAUCGGGAAUUCCUUAGAGAACAACGGCAAUAACAACCCAAGGUGUGCUGUUAUUUCCUCCAUCCCAAGUUCAGGGACCAGCUCCUUUCACUGUAGAGGGAUGGUCGGUCGGUUUGUCAAUGUGUAUCUCAGUGGCACAGACCCUAAUGGUGUGUUGACAUUGUGCGAGUUGGAAGUUUAUGGAGAACUGGCUACUCUUGCGCCCACAAUCAAUGCGGUGGUGAUGGGUAGGAACAUAGUGGUGGUGCAGAGGAAGCUGUGCUGGUCAGAUGCGCUGUUUUACUGCAGAGACUUCUACUGGGACCUGCUCAGCAUACGCAGUGAGGAGGAGUGGCGGGAGAUGGAAGAGGUGCUGAGAAUCCAAUCCCCCCACCUCACCAAACAUGUUUGGGUGGGACUGCGCAGGUACCUGAUGGCUGGCACAUGGUUUUGGAUGUCUGGUGAUUCCAUGAACUUCACCUACUGGGAGGCACAAUCCGUAUGGCAAAACACCAGUCCCUGUGGCGGCAUGGACACCAGGAACCACUUCUAUUGGAGGGAUCUUCCAUGUCAUGAUCACCUUUACUUUGUCUGUUUGACAGACUUUAAGAAAUACAAGGACAGAGUGGAGUUCUACAGUAGCACCAGACCAUAAGGUCACCAUUUAUGGUCACCAUGAAGAGGAACUCGGGUUUCACGCAGUUCUCUUUGGCUUCCUUAUUCCUAGCAAUUAUACACUGGAGUGUUCGCAGCUUUCGGCUUUGAUAAUAUAUCUUGUCAUUUUACAUACAGCAUACUGUUUCUUUAGUGCUUUAAAUUGAAGUGUAUCACAGUACAACCAAGCAUAUUUUUCCUCUGCAUGUCAAGAAAAGUUUGGUGUUUGGUGCUCAAAAUGUGGAAAUUUAUCACAUAACAAAAACAGAACUUUAUCACAUAACGUAGCAGAAGCUGAGCAGGCCAAGAGUACGGACGGUGCCUGUUACUCUGUGAUUGUUAAAGAACUCAGCUAGCUUUGAGUUUGAUGGUGAGAUUAACUGCUAAAUUGUCAUAUUUUACUGAUCAGCUAAUUCGGUGGCCCAAAGUUUACAAAAAUGUUAAAGUGGUUUUAAAUCGUAUGCAGUAUCUGUGAAUAUCUACUCUCUUUAAAAGACAUCCAUGUCACCUCCUUCUCCUUCUGUCACACCCUCACAGCUCUAUUCCAAACUCACUUACAGUUAUUUCAUGUUUUGGAAAAGAGAUGAAGGUAUCAAAUAAAAUAUAUCAAAAAGUCAGGAAAAGAGAUGACUGAUUGCUCUAUAUAAUCAAACGUAGAUCAAAAAGGUGUCGGGGGGGGGGAAAAAACAGAAUGCAUCAAACAAGAAGGCAAUCCAGGCACCCUAAUACAAAUACAAGAAAACAAAUACAACAAUACAAAUAUAAGGAAAUGUAACAACGGGGAAGGAAAUAUUAAAAAGCCUUUAUUGUAGUGGCUAAAUCAUUAAAAAAUUAAAAAGCCAACAUGUUUUGCCCACUGUAGGUCCUCAGUGGCCGAGACAUGUUGGCUUUUUAAUAUUUCCUUCCUCAUUGUUACAUUUUCUUAUAUUUGGAGUGCCUGUAUGUGCAAAAAAAAACCCAUUUGUGAGUUUAUAUUCUGAAAAUUCAUUAAAUUAUUGUAUUAAUAAUAAUAAUAAUAAUAAUAAUAAUAAUAAUAAUAAAAGACUUCCAUGUUGAAGUCUAAAGUAAAGAAUUAAGUAUGUAAAAACAUCAGGUAGGCUUCUCUAUUACUUUUUAUUCCUGCUGUGAGAUCAUUGUCUUCCCCACAGUGUGACUGUUCCAAAAGAUCCUUUCUCACUUGUAAAAAAUCAAGGUAAGCAUUUCCUUUAGCUUGACAACUUGACACAUUUUGGGUGAAAAUUAGAAAGAAACUCCACUAAAUGUCUUUGAAUGUCCCAGGAGUUUUCCAUCCAGCUACAAUCAGCAGAAGACCAUACUGUAUGUACGUCCCCACUGAGAAAAUAAACUGGAUCCGUCAGCUCAUAAAGAACUGAAAUAUAAGUUGUGGAGUACCUUCAUUACUCUUCCGCAGAAUGUCAAUAAAGGACUGAAACUAAAGCCAGAAAUUAAAAAUGUCCUUGAUAAAGUUGAAUCAAUUUUCCAGUAAAUGCUUAAAUGUAGCUUUUACUUUACUCAGAUAGUCAUUUAAAAGAAUUGCCUCACUUUCAUAACAGCUUAUCCGUCUCAUUUGUAACAGUUACUGAGUCUUAUGUAUUGUAUUUAUCUGUAAUUUCCUGCUGUGGGGAGGAAAAGACAGACCCGUGGUUUCAGUCAAGACAAAAUGUGGGUCCUUUAAUACAAUAAACAAAGUAAAUAUCA